AUGGCACCCAAGAGAAGAAGAGGUAGAGGCCAGAUUGAAGUGCCCCAAGAGAGCCCUGCAACACCAGUGAAUGAAGGGCAAACUCAGAUGGAACCAGUACUAGAUGCUAUUGGCAACCUUGUGGGGGCAUUACAGAACCAAACUAAUUGGGUAGAGGUGACUGCUCAAGCUACACCAACUGUUGGUAGUGGCAGCAGAAGGGAAGUGACUGAGACUGAGGACAAGCAUGUCCUUAUGGAUUUUAAGAAGCUCCAUUCGGUAGCUUUCAAGGGAACAGAUGCUGAUCCAGCUGUUUCCACACAGUGGAUUAGUGACUUAGAGAAGGUUUAUGAAGUGAUCAGGUGCACUAAUGCACAAAAGGUUAUGUGUGCCACCUUUAUGCUUCAAGGAGAAGCGGAUCAGUGGUGGAAAAUGACUAAGCCCAUAUUGGAAGCAGGUGAUAGGCAAAUCACCCAGGAUGAAUUCAAGGUAGCUUUUGAUCAUAAGUUUUUCCCACCUUGUGUAAAGCAAAAAAAAAUCUUUGAGUUCAUGCAUUUAACUCAAGGAAGCCAAACAGUGAUGAUGUAUGAGAGGAAGUUUGAGGAACUAUCUAGGUAUGCACCACAGAUGGUGAGUACAGAGGAGAUGAAAGCUCAACAGUCUGAGCAAGGCUUAAGGGUGGAGAUCCAAAAGAGUAUCUCUCCUAUGCAACUAAAGACAUAUGCUGAAGUAGUCCACAAAUCUCAGAUUUAUGAGGCUGUGGAGAAGAAUGCAACAAAGGAUGAAGAAGUUGAACCAAAGAAAAAGUUCAAGAAGAGUUUUGCUACCCAUACAGCAAACAAGGACAAUUGGAAGAAAUUCCAUAAGAAAAAGCCCCAAGGAAAUGUUGACUGCAAGAAGUGUGGUAAGAACCACAAGGGUGAUUGUUUGGGGGGAACGUUCAUUUGCUUCAAGUGUAAGGAACCUGGACAUCUUGCAAGGAAUUGUCCAACUCUGAAGGAGCAGCCAGAGCGAAACCCCCAAGGAGGGCAAGCCAAUCAAAAUUCCCAGAACAGAAAGGACACUCAGGGAAACUAG